AUGACCCAGCUCUGCCUACCCAGGCCCAAAGCCCUCCCAGCUCUACUCCCUGUCUCUCCCAGAGGCCUGGGUGCUGGGGAGGGGCCCAGUGGUGCAGCACGUGCACAUGUGUCCUCCUGGGACCCUAGCCAGGCCCGGCUCCUGGACAGUGCCCUAGGGCUGGGGGCACUGGGGCUGACAAUUCGUGCAAUCUUUUCCAUGGCCGGCCCGGCCCUGCUGCUGCUGCUGCUGCUGCUCUGCUUCCUGGCCUUUGACCUGCUCCACAGGCCUGCAGGCCGCACCCUGCCACAGCACAGACUUCUCAUCAGGGGCCAGAAUCAGGGGGCAGGCGAGGGCCCAGGGCAGCAAGAGUCUCCCCUCUGCCCCAUGGUGCCAGCCCCUGCACAGCUCAGCCCCCAGAAUGCACUGCUCCUGCUGCUCAUGGGGCUGGGGCUGCUCUUGGGAGCCCAUGGUCUGCCCUUGGCCUUGCUGGGCCUGGCUUUCUGCCUCCACCCUUGGGCCUGA